UCGGGGAAGGGCGCGGGGGGGGGAGGGCGAGUCCUCGGCCAAGUUGGCCAUGGCGGGGGCAAACUAAGUUCUGGGCUGGCCGGGGACAGGACGGAGAGUGGGCGGCGGGGGGUCGGCUGUCGAGGACCCACCAUGAGCCGGAGCCCGGGAGGAGCCGGACCCGCCUGCCCUUGCGCCCACGGAAUCUGGUGAGAGAUCCCUUCGGACCACCCCUCCAUUCUUCCCGGGACAGGCUUGGAGAUGAAGCAGGAGGACUGACCGGCCCAACUUGAUCCUCCUACUGACGUCCCCUGGAGGGGCGGAAGCAGGGCCCAGUGAAAAUGUUGACGGGGUUCCAGGUGCUUAUUCUAGCUGUGUUUUCCAAAGGAUUUUUACUUGCUCUAGGGGAACAUAACUUUGUGAGGAGGGAGAUAAAAAUAGAAGGAGACCUGGUGUUGGGUGGAUUGUUUCCCAUUAAUGAAAAGGGAGCUGGAGCUGAAGAGUGUGGACGAAUCAAUGAAGACCGAGGCAUCCAGCGCCUGGAAGCCAUGUUAUUCGCCAUUGAUGAAAUCAACAGAGACGAUUAUUUGCUGCCGGGAGUGAAGUUGGGGGUGCAUAUUCUGGACACGUGUUCGAGAGAUACCUAUGCAUUGGAGCAAUCUCUGGAAUUUGUCAGGGCCUCUUUGACUAAAGUGGAUGAAGCUGAGUAUAUGUGCCCAGAUGGGUCUUAUGCCAUUCAAGAAAACAUUCCAUUACUGAUCGCCGGCGUCAUAGGUGGCUCAUACAGCAGUGUGUCAAUUCAGGUGGCGAACCUCCUGAGGCUCUUCCAGAUCCCCCAGAUCAGCUACGCGUCCACCAGCGCCAAGCUGAGCGACAAGUCCCGCUAUGACUACUUUGCCCGGACCGUGCCCCCGGACUUCUACCAGGCCAAAGCCAUGGCCGAGAUCCUGCGCUUCUUCAACUGGACCUAUGUGUCCACAGUGGCCUCCGAAGGGGACUACGGCGAGACGGGGAUUGAGGCCUUCGAGCAGGAGGCCCGGCACCGCAACAUCUGCAUCGCCACCUCGGAGAAGGUGGGCCGCUCCAACAUCCGCAAGUCUUAUGACAGCGUCAUCCGGGAGCUGCUGCAGAAGACCAACGCUCGGGUGGUGGUUCUCUUCAUGCGGAGCGAUGACUCGCGGGAGCUGAUCGCCGCUGCCAGCCGCUUCAAUGCCUCAUUCACAUGGAUCGCCAGCGAUGGCUGGGGUGCUCAGGAGAGCAUAGUCAAAGGUCAUGAGCACGUGGCCUACGGGGCCAUCACCCUGGAGCUGGCCUCCCACCCCAUCCGGGAGUUCGACCGCUACUUCCAGAGCCUCAGCCCCUACAACAAUCACCGUAACCCUUGGUUCCGGGACUUCUGGGAGCAGAAGUUCCAGUGCAGCCUGCAGAACAAGAGGCCCCACCGGCAGGCCUGCGAUAAGCACUUGGCCAUCGACAGCACCAACUACGAGCAGGAAUCCAAGAUCAUGUUCGUGGUGAACGCUGUCUAUGCCAUGGCCCAUGCCCUGCACAAGAUGCAGCGCACCUUGUGCCCCAACACCACCAAGCUUUGCGAUGCCAUGAAGCUCUUGGAUGGCAAGAAGCUGUACAAGGAUUAUCUACUGAAAAUCAACUUCACAGCCCCGUUCAACCCGACCAAAGGCACGGACAACGUGGUGAAGUUUGACACCUUCGGGGAUGGGAUUGGACGCUACAACGUGUUCAAUUUCCAGUUUGUUGGCGGCAGGUACGCCUACCUGAAGGUGGGUCACUGGGCAGAAAGCCUGACCCUGGACGUUGACUCCAUCCACUGGUCCCGGAACUCGGUCCCCACUUCCCAGUGCAGCGACCCCUGCGCCCCCAACGAGAUGAAGAACAUGCAGCCGGGGGACGUCUGCUGCUGGAUCUGCAUCCCCUGCGAGCCCUACGAGUACCUGGCCGAUGAGUUCACCUGCAGGGACUGUGGACCCGGGCAGUGGCCCACGGCCGACCUCUCGGGCUGCUUCGACCUGCCGGAGGACUACAUCCGAUGGGAGGACGCCUGGGCCAUCGGCCCGGUCACCAUCGCCUGUCUGGGCUUCGUGUGCACCUGCACCGUGGUGACAGUCUUUGUCAAGCACAACGACACGCCGCUGGUCAAGGCCUCGGGCCGGGAGCUGUGCUACAUCCUGCUGUUCGGCGUCUGCCUGUCCUACAGCAUGACCUUCUUCUUCAUCGCCAAGCCUUCCCCGGCCAUCUGCACCCUGCGCCGGCUGGGCCUCGGCAGCUCCUUCGCCGUGUGCUAUGCCGCCCUGCUGACCAAGACCAACUGCAUCGCCCGCAUCUUCGACGGGGUGAAGAACGGCGCCCGGAGGCCCCGGUUCAUCAGCCCCGGCUCCCAGGUCUUCAUCUGCCUGAGCCUCAUCCUGGUGCAGCUCGCCGUGGUGUCCGUGUGGCUGGUCCUCGAGGUCCCCGGCACGCGCAGGUUCACCGUCCCCGAGAAGCGCGAGACCGUGAUACUCAAGUGCAAUGUCAAGGACUCCAGCAUGCUGAUCUCCUUGACGUACGAUGUGGUCCUGGUCAUCUUGUGCACCGUGUACGCCUUCAAGACGCGCAAGUGCCCCGAGAACUUCAACGAAGCCAAGUUUAUCGGCUUCACCAUGUAUACCACCUGUAUCAUCUGGCUGGCUUUCCUCCCUAUAUUUUACGUCACGUCUAGCGACUACAGGGUGCAGACCACGACCAUGUGCAUUUCUGUCAGCCUAAGUGGGUUUGUGGUGCUGGGCUGCCUGUUUGCCCCGAAAGUCCAUAUCAUCCUGUUUCAACCCCAGAAGAAUGUGGUCACACACAGACUUCAUCUGAAUCGAUUCAGUGUCAGUGGGACUGGAACCUCUUACUCUCAGUCGUCAGCCGGCACCUUCAUGCCAGCGGUCUGCAAUGGGAGGGAAGUCCUGGACUCGACCACCUCAUCCCUGUGAUCGCGGCCUGACAGUCCGAUGCUCGAGUCGACAGACUGUUAGACAAAGGCGCCCAUGUGGCGUCAGUCCAAAACGAGCAAAGCGACAUACACCGCAACCUAGUACCUUUUUUUUAGGAACAGUACAAUCGAUUAUUUUUGAGGACUGUACAGUACCUAGUGAUGUGCUAGAACUUUUUAGGCUGAUUUUAUCACCCCUCCCCGCCCUAUUAUUAACAGAUCCCCAGGACGUGUCAAUGACCAUCGUUUGCCAAGGCCAGCAGUGAUGACUAGGGCCACAGGGGGUGAGUCUCCUGCAGAUGUGAUUGCAAUAUCAGAUAACCUUUUUUCCUAUGGAGUUUUUUGUAGGUCUUUGUUGUAACUAAUUUAGGAUGCGUUUCUAUGUUGUAUAUUAAAGUUACAUUAUGUGUAACCGAUUGUUUUUUCUCAGCACAAAAGCAUCAGUAUUAAUGUAAAGGUAGCCACAAUAAAACCUUAAAGGUUUUU